AUGUUAAGAUUAUCGAAAGCCAGCUUAAAGGCCAUUGUCUUAUCGAGUUCUGGUAUUAGCAGUAGAAUAAGGCAACAUGUUGCUCUGGAGGUUUCAAAGCUUUCUCGACCACCACAUCUUGCAGUACUUCUUGUUGGUUCACGGCCUGAUUCGCUUAGUUAUAUUCACCAUAAGAAAAAGGCAGCAAAAGAGUGUGGUAUACAUUUUGAACUGAUACAUUUAUCAGAAAGUAUCUCUCAGGCGGCACUUCAUCAAGAACUCAGUGAGGUAGGUAAUAAUCCUGCCAUAGAUGGUGUACUUUUGCAAUUACCUCUUCCAAAACACUUGCAUGUGACAUCGUCUCUUUUUCAUAUUCAUCCCAAUAAAGAUGUUGACGGACUGCACCUUAUAAACUCCGGUAAUUUGUUUCUUCGUGAUAGAGUUUCCCUUACCGACUUUUUAGGAUCGCAAUUUUCUGAACAAAUUAUGGAUGAUAGUUUGCUUGAAGACACUAUCACAAGUACUGGUUGUGGAUGUUUUGUUCCACUUACGCGCCGAUCACAUGAAGACAAUUAUUUUGUUCCAUGUACUGCGCUUUCUGUCCGGAGUAUUUUGCUUUUUUAUCUUUAUAAAGAAAAAAAGAUCUCUCCAUUUGUGUCUGGAACCCCAAUGUGCAAUCUACAUGUCGUAAUAGUUAGCAAAAGCAUGGUGGUUGGUAUACCUACUGCAGCUUUAUUGCAAAAAGAAGGGUUUAUUGUCAGUAUUUGUGAUCGUAAUAAUUCACUUGACGACAUACAAAGGAUUAUGAAAACAGGUGAUAUUGUUAUUACUGCAUAUGGCCAAGCAGAAAUCUUCGAUGCCGACUUCUUCAAAAAGGGUGCUGUAAUAAUUGACGUAGGAAUAAAUGAGCUACUGGAUGAGAAAAAUGGCAACGUAAAUUUAUUAUCAACAAGACGCAAAAUAUGUGGUGACGUUAAUCUCAAGUCUGUUUUGGAAGUAGCUAGUGCCAUUUCACCGACCCCUGGUGGAGUAGGGCCUUUGACAGUUGCAUAUUUAAUGCAAAAUAUAUUAAAGGCAUCAUGUCUACGAGAUAGGGAUGGAGUCUUUAUGAACAAUAUAUAUUCAUCAUUUCUAAAAAUGUAUGAAACAGAUGAUACAUCUAAUCCGAACAUAACACUUCUAUCACCGCAUCAAUCUCUUAUGGAAAUUAACAGACAGGGAGAGAAUGUAGAUAACAGUAAUUUCGAAUUUUGA